AAGAUAAAAGAAAGGGAAAAGAAAGAAUGAGUGAUGUACCCCUUCCUUCCUUCCCGUCCCAGACAUCAUUCUUGUGGAAGCAAACAUCGAUUGCAACUGCACCAAACAAACUUGCGUAUCAGCAGUGUCCAUGCGCUCUCUCCCUAUUCCAAGCGCGCACUGCCAAUUAAAGCAAGCGCGCGCGCGCAUCCGGCACACUCAUUCGCAUCCCCCCAGCAAAACGAGCAGGGGAAUUCAGGGCGACGACGCCCAGCGCGGGAUUUUCGCUGUUCCUACAGCUCCUGCCUGGUACGGGCGCGGCGCGGCGCGGCGCGGCGGCCCAGUCACCAUUCAGUCGUGGUAUUCACCAAGGCGGGUCGCGGCCUCGCGGCGCGGGUGCCGGGGUGCGCGCGUGCGGGGCGCGAGUUGCGCCACCCCCACCCUCCGCCCCCGCCCCACCUUGUCUCGCCAGCCGGGCGGGCGACCAGUGCCAGCCGCGCACAAGGUAGGUAGCUAGCUUAGCUACUUGUGAAAUUCGCCGUGCAAGCGCGCGCGGCGCGGGGGAGCGGUGCCGGCCGCCGACGCGACGGGAGACGCGGCGGCGAGGCGGAUUGAUGGGCUCCUCGGCGGGCUCCACUCCGACGGUGCGGGCAACGCGGCAGCAGCAGCUGCAGCAGCGCGGCGCGGGCGCGGGCGCGGGCGAGGCGCCGUCGUCGUCGAGCCCCGUCUUCCUCAACGUGUACGACGUCACCCCCGCCAACGGCUACGCCCGGUGGCUCGGCCUCGGCGUCUACCACUCCGGCGUGCAAGUUCACGGGGUGGAGUACGCGUACGGCGCGCACGACGGCGCGAGCAGCGGGAUCUUCGAGGUGGUGCCGCGUCGGUGCCCGGGCUACACGUUCCGGGAGUCGGUGCUAGUGGGCACGACGGAGCUGAGCCGCGCCGAGGUGCGCGCGCUCAUGUCCGACCUCGCCGCCGACUUCCCCGGGGACGCCUACAACCUGGUGUCCCGCAACUGCAACCACUUCUGCGACGCCGCGUGCCGCCGCCUCGUCGCCGGCCGCGCACGCAUCCCGCGCUGGGUCAACCGCCUCGCCAAGAUCGGGGUCGUCUUCACCUGCGUCAUCCCGGGCAACGGCCGCGCCGUCGUGCGCGGCCGCGCCCCAUCCACCGCCUCCGCCACCGGGAAGGGCAGUGGCGGCGUCCGGAGCCGCUCCGCGCGCCAGCAGGAGGCCUCGUCCGCGUCCGCGUCCGCGCCGCCGCGCCCGAGGACGUUCUUCCGGUCCCUCUCCGUGGGCGGACGGCGCAAGAACCUCACGAUGCCCCGGCCGCUGUCCGCCUCCCCACCGCCGCCGCCGCUGGCAGACGCCUCGACGUCAACGUCGUCGGGGUCCACCACGUAAACGGCCCCGUUUCUUCUCCAGAACAUUAUCUUCUUUUAUUACAGUCUUCUUACCUUACUUUUACUAAACAACUCUGUGCAUAUUAUUAUUUGAAUCUUUGCUAGUAGUAGUGCGUGCCUACUAGCUAGGAGUAGUAAUUUGUUAAAAAAAAGAGAGAGAGUAGUACUUACCGUGGUUAAUUGAUUCGGGUUUUAAAUUCCGGUUGUUGGUACUAAUUCUGCUAGGCUCUAGUGAUAAUCAUCAUCCAGUGGGCCGAUGGAGCUAGUACUGUUUUGUGUU